CCAUGGACAGAUACUCGCCAGCCAUCCCCACCCCCCCAAUCCACUGUGGAGCCGCAUCCAACUCUGUACCAGCCAUGGCGUCGUCUUCAUCAUCGAUCCCCCAGGCCGUUGACACGGAUCCGCUGCCGCUCAUCCCCUGCCCCCGUUGUGGUCGACAAGUGCUCACCGACAUCUCCUCCAGCGGGAAGAGGCCUGGGAACCGCUACUACAAGUGCAUCCUCUGGAGCUCUGGCCAGUGCCCCUUCUUCGAAUGGCAGGAGUCGUACCGUGCUGUACUGGAGGCCGUUCGCGCUCGAGCUUUUGUCGCCCCGCUGUCGCCUCCUUCACCUCGACUAGUUCACCGCACUCUUCGCCAGGAACUCGUCACACAUCCUGCUCCAUGCGCCCCGCAAGUCUGCGCCCCCGCCACGCUGUCAGCGCCGAGCGGUGAUUUGUCCAGGCUUGCUAUUAUGCUCAGUGCCACGAACCUGAUGGUCACCGUCGUCAUGCUGGGCAUAUGCGUCCUCAUUCUGGCGAUUGUGUACUUCAAGUGAUGUAGUGCACACGCGGCAGCGCAAUGCAUGUACUAAUGUGCUCAGGGCUUAGUCUUAGUACCGCCGCAAUGGUACUGGUCUGUGUUUAGUGUUCAGGGCUUAGUGUGUUCGCAGAGUCAGUUUGUCCUCACGUUGUAAUCAAGGGGUGCUUGGUUGUCACUGCUUAAUUAAGUUCCAGUGUGCUCCCCAUGUAACCAGGCUUGAUUUGGUAGACGUAUUAAUGUUCUGUUAUUUGGAAUUUGCCACGCUGGAUGUUUGUUUCAA